AUGUCUGAUACGGCUGAAGAGACACGGCCGGCGGCGGCGCCAACAAACGGUCACGAGCCGUCGCAGAUUGCUCAACCUUCGACUUUCCUUCUUCCCCGAGGCCAGAAUCGCGCGAUGCAGGAUAAGCCCAUGCCUGCUGUUGACCAGGACCAGUUAAAAGGAUUGAACGCAAUCCGCGAGUUCCUCAAGAUUCGCACGAGUUAUGAUGUCCUUCCUCUCUCCUUCCGCUUGAUUAUCCUCAAUACAGACCUGCUCGUCAAGAAGAGUCUGACCAUCCUCCUCCAAAAUGGAAUCGUCUCUGCUCCCCUCUGGGACUCUCAUACCUCAAGCUUCGCGGGUCUUCUCACAACCUCCGAUUACAUCAAUGUAGUUCAGUAUUACUGGCAAAAUCCAGACGCUCUCAGUCAGAUAGACCAGUUCCGGUUGAGUUCCUUGAGAGAUAUCGAGAAGGCUAUUGGUGUGUCGCCCCUCGAGACGCUGUCCGUCCAUCCUGCACGUCCCCUAUACGAAGCAUGCCGACAAAUGCUCAAGACUAGAGCUCGGAGAAUACCCUUGGUUGACAUCGACGAUGAGACCGGGCGAGAGAUGGUUGUCAGUGUAAUCACACAAUAUAGACUUCUAAAGUUCAUAGCGGUCAACGUGACUGAGACGGAAUUUUUAAAGAAAAGUGUCUCGGAAAUCGGUCUCGGCACUUACGGGGACCUGCAGACGGCAACCAUGGAUACAUCCGUGAUCGACGUUAUCCACAUGAUGGUCAAAUACAGCAUUUCCAGUGUACCCAUCGUGGAUGAAGAUAGGCGGGUUCUGAACGUCUUCGAGGCUGUUGACGUUAUCACCAUCAUUAAGGGCGGAGCUUACGAAGAGCUUACGACAAGCGUUGGUGAGGCAUUGCUGAAGCGAGCAGAGGAUUUUGCUGGAAUCUACACCUGCAGCGAAGAUGACCGGCUAGACUCAAUUUUUGACACGAUUCGAAAGUCUCGGGUUCAUCGACUCGUGGUAAUUGAUGACGAGAACCGCUUGAGAGGGGUCAUCUCUCUUUCUGAUAUCUUCAAAUAUGUUCUUCAUUACGGGGAAACGGACGAGUACAGACAUAUGGGUGGGGGAAGUUAG